AAAAAUCUGCUAAACGGUGCUCUGAAAUGCAGUGGUCCACUUGUGUAUAUAGAGGAUUAGCAUGAUGGGUUUAUAUGAAUUCAAAUGGAUGACAGGUGUAUUGAUAGCGCAGGAACAUUCUUAACCCUACUUGCAAGGAAUAUUUUUUUUCGUGACAGUACGUGAAGAUGGCGACGGGGACAGGUUGGCAGCAGCCGUACAACGGUGCUCCGGGCAACAAUCCCCUUGCAGCCGCUGCCUCUGGAUCAGCGACCAGUCCAUCCAACACAUCCAGUCAUUUACUGUACGAUUCUGCCCUGACCAUGGAAUACAGUCAAGAUCUGCACCUGAAGAUGAGUAAAAAAAUAGCACAACUCACUAAGGUCAUUUAUGCUCUCAACACAAAAAAUGACGAACAUGAAGACGCCAUCCAGUCUCUAAAAGAGGCCCACGAUGAGGAGGUGCAGCACAUCUUGACAGAGACAUGGGAGAAGAUCCUCCACUACAAAAGCAAGAUCGGCGACAAGGCCGACCUGAAACGGCGCCUGCAGUCCCUGGAGGAGUCCGUGGAGCUGCACGAACACAUGAAACGUCAAGCGCUGGCCGAGUUCGAGAUGUACCGCCAGCGCAUGGAAGACACGCAGUUGUGCACGGAGGCCCAGCACACUCAACGCGUGGUCUCCAUGUCCCGAGAAGUGGAGGAUAUGCGGCAUGAGUUUGAAGAGAAGCUACGUUCCUUUAGCCAGGUUCAGGCCCAGUUUGAGCAGGAGAAACGACGGGCGCUGGAGGAGCUGAAAUCGGCCCAUCGCCUGGAAGUGCAGGAGCUGCUGGAGAGCCAGCAGAACCAGAGUGCGUCUUCCAGCCUGGAGCAGGAGAAGCUAGCUGAGCUCCAUCGUACAGAGCUGGAAUCGCUCAUGGAGCGGGUUGAGGAGUUGACACAGGACAAGGUCAGGCUGGUUGAGGAAUAUGAGGCGAAGUUGAGCAAAGCUCAAGGUUUCUAUGAACGUGAGUUGGAAGCCAUGAGGCGUACACAACAGCUCACCACAGAGAACUUGCUGGCCUGGAAGAGGACAGAGGUGGACCUAAGGAAGGAGUUUCAGCUGCAGGAAGCGGCACUUCAGAGGACAUUGUGUAAACUCCGUGCUGAUUUACACAGAGCUCAGGAGGAAGCGCGAGAGAGCAGGGACAAGACCAACAGACUGCAGGCAUCUCUCAACAACGCAGAGGUCAGCAUCAAGGAGUUACAUAAGCAGCUGGAAGAGGCCAUUCAGGAUGGAGAGAUCUGGGUGAUGCAGCUUAAGGAUACAGAGUAUGAGCUGGAGGGAAGCAGAGAUCGAGUUCAGCAUCAGGCAAAUGAAAUCCUUCACAAAGCCAGUCAGAUAGGCUCACUUCAAGCAACCCAAAUGAGCCAUGAGGCCACCAUCAGGGACUUGGGCUCUGAGCAGAACCGACUAAAGGAGAAGAUCCUACAGUUAGAGGAAGAAAGAGAGAGACUUCAGAAACAGAUUCAAACACUGGAAGAACAGCAGCACCAGAAAAUCCUCAACCUGGAGAAGUCGCUUCGUGAGGAAAAACAGAACUACGAGAUGGAGCUGGUGCGGGUCAGAGCCAAAUACGAGGGGGAAAUGGCUUGCCUGAAAGAAAGCCAGACAGAGGCCUUAGAGGAACUUAAGGAGAAACACAGAGUCCAACAAGAGAGCGCACAUAAUUCCGCAGAGAGAGAGAAGAACCAGUUACUUAAUGAGAUGAGACAGCAGUUUGAGAUACGCCGUCUGUCAUUGGAAGAACAGAGAAACCACCUGCAACAGCAAUUGGAGACUAUACGAGAGGAACUGACUACCAAGCUCAAUAUGGCCAACCAAGAGGUGGCUCAUUUGAAGGAUCUGGUGAAGGAGAGUGAAGAAAAUCUGGAUAACGCUGAGAGCCAUAUCUCCUGUCUUAAAGAGAGCCAGGAAAAGCUUCUCAUGGAGUUGGAUGCAACCAGGGCUAGAGUGAGAGAGACAAGCAACCUGCUCACAGAUGUACAAGAGGAGAUAGAGACCCAGAAACAGCAGCACGAAGCCAGGGUCAUCUCCAUCAAAACGGAGGAGAAACAGAAAAUGGACAAAAUCACAGAGGAGCUGGACCUCAAGUGGACAGAUGCUCUAAGAGCUGAGCUGAAAGGUUUGCGGGAAGAGCUGAUGGCCGAGUAUCAGGAAGAGAAGCAGGAAGCCUUGACGCAACUUUCCCAGCAGAGAGACCUUGAGAUGAUGGCAGCCAGAGAAAGCUGGCAGAGAAAGGUCGAGGACCUCCUGGAACAGAUUUCUCUGUUGAAGCAGAGCCUGGAGCUGCAGAUGUCGCAGUCGAAAAGCGCGCUGCAGCAGUUGCAGGCGCAGUUUAGUCAGGAGCGCGAGCACCUGGCGCAGCAGCUGCAGGAACUGGCGCUGGAGCAUCAGCACAGAGAGUGCCGCCUGCAGGAUGCCCACUGCUGUGCCUUGCAGGAUAUGGAAGACGCACAACAGAUGGAGAUUAGGGAGCUUGAGGAUCGUCUAAAACAGGAACAGAGAGAGGAGUUACAAGCUUUGCGAGAAGCUCACAGACAGACCCUGGAAAUCCUGCAGCAGCAGUCGGACCAGGAGCUGCAGACGCUGCGCUUUGAACUGGAGGAUGAAGGCAAAGCCAUGCUGGCUUCCCUGCGCUCUGAGCUCAAUCAUCUUCACGCCACUGCCAUAGAACACCUGAGACAACUCCACUUGAAGGAGAACAAAGCUGCCAAACGAGAGCUGGACAACACUGUUGAGCGCUGCAAACAACACGAACAUGACCUCCUAAAACGUUUAUCGGAUCUGCAGCAGGAAGUGAACUGCAGGAAGAACCGGAUCGCUGAUCUGGACCAUGAAAUCCACUCUCUCAAUGAGACCAUCAGCACUCUGACAAAGGAGCUGGAACUUAAAGGGAAGGAAGUUCUGCGUGUCCGUAGUGAAGCCAACCUGCAGAUCAGGUCUCGUGAACAGGAUCUCUCAAAACGAUUGGAGAAGGAGAUUGAAGAACUGAAUGCAUCUCAUAACAGAGAGACCCAGAUCAUGUUGUCAGAUUUUAAUAAAGCUCAGGAGCUGCUAAAAGACAAGAUCUCUGCUCUGCAGAUUCUGUUGGAAGGAACAGAAGAAAAGUUCCGAAAUAGAGAAAGCAGACCAGAGGACCUGCAGGUGAUCGCUGAUCUCAGAGAAAUGGUAUCUGAGAGAGAGACCCUGGUCAAGAAGCUAGUGGAUGACAAGAAGUUUUAUCAGCUGGAGUUGGUGAACCGGGAGCCUGGCUUCAACAAGGUGUUCAACACCAAUCCCAAUGUCGGGGUCAUAAACCCCCUUAUAAAGCCAGUUCCCACCUCCUCCUUGCCCGACCUUUACCUGUUACAGUGGUGCCAAAACCUGGGAGGGAGGAGGGAUUCAAUGCCGGAGGACGUGCUGUCGCCCGGUCCUCGACGCCAGCUCGCUCCUCCCCCGGCAGCGAGUCCUCUGGCCCCUGGUGGACGGAACCACUCCUGCCAUUCUUCGGCAGAUGGCAGCGGUUCUUCUGGCUCUCGGCGUCCAGCAGCGACCCCUCCAUCCCCAGGCAGGCGGCUGCUCCCCUGGCGGAUGGCAGCGGCGAGGACUCCGCGACAGCGAAUCCCUCCUUCCUCCCGGGUUUCGGCACCGCUGUAACAGGUAAAGGUUGGGCAAGGAAGAGGCAGGAACCAUCUUUCUCUCAAACUGGCACCUCCAGCUCCCCUUUAUCUCGCUCUCCCUCUGAUCAGCUGAUUCAGCGCCGGCCGUGCACCAUCACGGCCCGGCCACGCUCUCCUCCUUGUCACACCAUUUUUCGUCCUUCACGUUUCAUGCAUUUUUGUGGUUUUAAAAUGAGCUAUUCAAAUGAUGUGCAGCUUAUUCCUGGAAUUCCAAAUAUCCUUUCCUUUUUUCCUUUUUAAUUUUUUUUUUAUCCCCUUUUCUCCCAAUUUGGAAUGCCCAAUUCCCACUACUUAGUAGGUCCUCGUGGUGUUACUCAACUCAAUCCGGGUGGUGGAGGACAUGUCUCAGUUGCCUCCGCUUCUGAGACCGUCAAUCCGCACAUCUUAUCACACGGCUCAUUGUGCAUGACACCGCGGAGACUCCCAGCAUGUGGAGGCUCAUGCUACUCUCCGCGAUCCACGCACAACUUACCAUGUGCCCCAUUGAGAGCGAGAACCACUAAUCGCGACCACGAGGAGGUUACCCCAUGUGACUCUACUCUCCUUAGCAACCGGGCCAAUUUGGUUGCUUAGGACACCUGGCUAGAGACACUCAGCACACCCUGGAUUCGAACUUGUGACUCCAGGGGUGGUAGUCAGCGUCAGUACUCGCUGAGGUACCCAGGCCCCCUCCAAAUAUCCUUUCUAAUAAGAACUUGCUGUACAUGGCAACAGUCUUGCACAAUGUUUUGAGUUGGGAGAUAAUAUUAGACAGCUCUGGUAGUCCGGCAUAUUUUAUUUAUCAUUUAAAGCAAACACACUACUAUCCCCAAAGAAGGUCAUCACAGCAGCUUGGUGCCUCUGAUUUAUAUGAAGGACAGCUUUACUGCACAGCUUUACUGCCACAUUAGUUGAUGAUGUAACAUUUUUGCAGUCACCAAAAGGCUAAAAGUAUACUUGACUGUAAUAAUUACUACAAUGGGUAAAUAAUAGAAAUACACUGAAUGAAAUGAAAUUCAUACACUUUUAAGUGUGGCUUAAGUAUUCAAAUACGUAUUAAAUAUACAUCUUUAAAUAGGAUCACCAUGUAAUAAAGUGUUUAAGAAGUACAAAUUCACUGUCCUUUGAAGUUGUUGCUGUGUAACUGCUUGUGUUUGACUUUUGUGUGUUCUGUGCAGCCCUCGUGAGACUGAGGAUUCAACUGUAGCACCAAAAGAACAGCAACCACAAGAGCUAUUUUCACAGUACUUCUCCUUUUAAAUUUUUCAAGACACUCAACUGAAGAGCAUGUGAAACUGCAGUUUUCAAUAGUCCAUUCGUCUGUCUUUGAUAUAUCUCACUGUGAUUUUUAUUUUCCCUUUUGAUAUAAGCAUUUAUUCAAUAUAAAAUGAGAUGCACAUUCAUUUCAUAUACUAUAGAUAUGUCUUUUGUCUUGGCAGUUUUGAAAAUAAAUUGCACAAACACUUAAAUAUA